UUGCCCAGGAAGGGACUCAGAUGCGCAGCAGAAAUCGGGUCAAUCUGCUUUUCAAGUGACAUCAGAACCUCGGGCAAAGCCAAGCUGGUGUUGUUUCCCAGAUCCCGUGUGCUCUGUAUGUCUGUGUGUGUAACGUGCUGUUUUCCCUAAGGGUGCUCUCUGAGCCAAAUCUAUUUUAGGAUUCUCCCCAAGACACUGCAGUUUAGAUCUGGUUUUAUGACUACCCAGGGUUUCUACAUGGGGCAAAUUAAAACAGACAGCUUGGGACACAGCUGUCAAGACCAAGUCUACUUGACUACCAGCCAUAUUCCCUGGUCCAGAGGAGAAGUGAUUUUCUGCUUCCCUUUCCUAUAGUCUCCAGGAUGGGUUAUACAGCCAUGAAUGGGAGCAGUAAAUUCACUCCUUUUGUUUCACCCCACUCAGAAAAACUACCCCUCGUUUGUAGGGCCGCAACUUCAUGUCUCAGACAAAAAACCUUGCACUGCAGCACAGUUGCUUUCAGGACGCCUUGUGAGACAUUCCAGGCUGGAAAAAGACAAGCUGUUGCCAUGCUAUCAUCUCCAAGAGUGGCAGUGCUCUUUGUUCUGCUCCCGAGAACAGGGAGGGAAUGGCUGGUGACAAAGUACGCCCUGGAGGACAGCACCAUAUCUUCAUAAUGAUGAACAUGCUGGUACAGGUGCUCGUUUUAUCACACUGGAUUAGGGGUUUAGUGCUGCCAUAGUUUAAACAUUAAUAUUUGCCUAUUUAAGCCACAUGCACCAGCACAGCCUGGCCACAGAAGUAAUCACCAUGGCUGAGUUCGGAGAUGUCAUAAGUGCUCUGGGGGAGUUUGGGCUAUACCAGAAACUGCUGAUACUGUUGCUCUCCCUCCCGCUCCUUCUUAACCCUUUCCAAAUGAUUGGCCAAGUGUUCAUGGUUGUGGAGGUUCCCCACCACUGUGACACCAGCUGGAUCCUCGCUGUUGGCCCCAACCUGACGCAGGAAGAGCAGCUGAACCUCACCCUGCCCCGGGAUGCGGACGGGCAGUACGAGCAGUGCUCCAUGUACUCCCCAGUGGACUGGGACCUGGACUCCAUCCUGACAUAUGGCCUGAACGCCACGCAGAAGUGCAGCAGUGGCUGGGUGUACCCCUCAGCAGAGCCACCGUCCCUGCUGACCGAGUUUGACCUGGUGUGUGACAGGACGGUCCUGAACGACAUCUCCCAGUCCAUCUACAUGGCUGGGCUUCUCGUGGGAGCCAUGUUCUUUGGGAUGCUAAGUGACAGGAUCGGCCGCCGGCCAGUCUUUCUUAUCUGCGUGCUCCUCCAGGGCGUGUUUGGUCUAGCAGUUGCCUUUGUGCCCCAUUUUUAUGUCUACAUGGCCAUCAGGUGUGUCGUGGGGGCUGCAGUGUCAGGAAUUAUGAUUACUGUGGUGUCCCUGGCCACAGAAUGGGUUGGAAUCUCCUUCCGGCCAAAGUCAGUGCUUAUUGCUCACACUGCUUUUGCCAUCGGACAGAUGAUGGUGGCUGGGCUGAGCUACGGAAUCCGCAACUGGAGGCUGCUGGAGAUUGCAGGAUCCGCUCCUAUGUUUGCUCUUUUCUUCUACAUCUGGGUGCUCCCAGAGUCAGCUCGGUGGCUGGUGACCAAAGGCAGGAUGGAGGAAGCCAAGAAGCUCCUUCAGAAGGCGGCGGCCACCAACAAGCGCAGCCUCCCGGCAGGACUCCUGGAGCAGUUGGAGCCUGAGAAACAGACCAAGUCUGGAAGUCUUCUGGAUCUCUUUCGGAAGAGGCACCUGCGGAAGGUGACUUUGAUCAUGUUGUGCGUCUGGUUUGCAGACAGCAUUGUCUACUAUGGACUGGGCCUUAGUGUGACAAGUUUUGGUCUGGACAUCUACCUGACACAGCUCGCCUUUGGGGCCGUGGAGCUUCCAGCUCGGCUUUGCCUCAUUUUCCUGCUGGAGUGGUUUGGGAGGAAGAAAGUGCAGGCCAUACUGCUGAUGCUGGCUGGCCUGAUGUGUCUCAUCCUCACUGGCAUUCCUGAAGACCAGCCCGUGGCCAUCACUGUCCUGGCCAUCAUCGGCAAGUUCACAGCCACGGCCGCUUUCUCCGUCUCCUACGUCUACGCCGCAGAGCUCUUCCCCACGGUCGUCAGGCAGACUGGUGUGGGGCUGUGCUCCACCUUGGCGAGGGUGGCCGGGAUCCUGGCCCCGCUGAUCAUCCCCCUGGACAAGUACCACCGGGCCAUCCCCAUGGCCAUCUUCGGGAGCAUCCCCGUGCUGGUGUCGCUGUCCUGCAUCCUGCUGCCUGAGACCCGCGGCGUCGACCUGCCGGAUGACACAGGGGCGGGCCAAACCCCAGCUCAGAAUGAGAAGACUGUAGAGUUUUCUAAGGGGGACACCAAAGAGGAGGAAGCAGACUUGGAGAAGGGCAACUGCAGAUCCUCAGAGAGCAAGCUAUGAUUGGGCAGGUGCAUGCUAAAGGUCUAGUCAGAUUCAGUCUUUCUUGAAGCAGGCCAGUGAGGCAUUGCUGCCUGGAAACUGGCCUUUCAGAUGAUGAACACACAA